CCGUGCUUUUUGACCCUUUAGGUUUUCCGUAACACGCAGUUUAACAACGUGCACGCAGGGAAGUGUAGAGUUCUUGUUUUUGAAGCUAAAAGUGUGAUUUGCUUCUCUAAACAUAACCCCUAGAAGGAUGGCAGAAAACCAAGAAGAGAUGUCUCCCAUUGAAAUGAAAGUGGCUCGUCAAGUAGAGUAUUACUUUGGGGACCACAAUCUCCCCAGAGACAAGUUUCUGAAAGAGCAGCUGCAGCUUGAUGAUGGCUGGGUGGCUUUGGAGACCAUGCUGAAGUUUAACAGACUGAAAUCUUUAACUACAGAGACCAGCGUCGUCGUUUCAGCUCUCCAAAAAUCGAAGACUGGCCUCUUGGAGAUCAGUGAGGACAAAACAAAGAUAAGGAGGUCUCCAGAUAAACCCUUACCAGAACUGAAUGAUGAAUACAAAGACGCAGUGAAACACAGAUCUGUCUACAUUAAAGGUUUUCCUCUUGAAACGACUCUAGAUGAGGUUCAGGAGUGGCUGAAUGGUAAAGGCAGCAUCGAGAACAUUCAGAUGAGGAAAAAUGUGCAUAGACAGUUCAAGGGAUCCGUGUUCAUCUGCUUUGAAACGGAAGAGUCGGCAAAGCAGUUCUUGGAACGCUCUGACGUAAAAACAUUUAAAGACAAUGAGAUGCUUGUGUUGUCGAGGGAAGCCUACCAUGCAAAGAAGGCAGAAGAAAGGAAAAACUUUAAAGCUGAGACGAAAGCUAAAGCAAAACAGGAGAAAGAGCAGCAACAGAAAAAUGCUGAGGACAAGGAAAUGGGUUUGCUCCUGGAGGAACAGACCGGAUGUUUGUUGAAUUUUUCUGGAGAGCUUGAAGAUGUUUCUAGAGAGGACUUCCAUGCGUUGUUUUCCGGACAUGGAAAGAUAAAGUGGGUUGACUUCACAAGAGGAGCCAAGGAGGGAACGCUUCUUUUUGAUGGAAACGCAAAAGAAGCUCUUGAGAAAGCCAAGGAAGCAAACAACGGAGAACUGAAAAUAAAGGGCGGAAGCGUUACAUGGCAGGUACUCGAGGGAGAUGAGGAGAAACAGGUUCUAAAGAACAUCAUCCAAGCUCAGCAGGAAUCAUAUAAUCGUUCCAGAGGCAGAGGUGGAAGAGGACGAUCAGGUGGCAGAGGAAGAGGAGGCCGAAGGGGAAGGGGUGGCGGCAGAGAUCAAGGCAGAGCACAGUUCCAAGGAAAGAAAACCAAAUUCGAUAGUGAUAAUGAGGAUGAUGAAGCACCUGCAGCCCCAAAGAGAGAACUUGAAGAGGCUGACGGCCCUCCAGCAAAGGUUUCCAAAACUGAGAACGGUUCGUAAUGAGGAGACGACAUGCUGAGUUUUUCUUUAACAGAAACAAUUUAUUAAACACAAUGUAAAAUGUAGAGGCAACUUUAAAUCCCAUUCCAGUAAAAAAAAAAAAUUCAGGCUUUGGAGAAUCGUAUGAAGUCCACUUGGAUGUCAACCUAAAAACAUUUGGAAAACUUGGAAUCAGUUUUCAGCUUUUUAAGCUCGUUUUGUGCCUCUCGUCAUUAUUUGUAUGUUUUUUUUUCUUCUUAUCUGAAGAUAUUUUAAUUUUAGCACAAUCAACAUAAACCUGCUCUUAAUGGUUUAAUCUACCCUGAUUUUUUUUUUUUUUUCAUUAGACCUGAGUGACAUUUGUUUU